AUGUGUGACAAACCUUUCUUUUAUAACCCCGAUAUCGAUACGAAAAUUGCCGGUUUAUAUGAUCUACAACAUACAAUUGGACGAGGACAUUAUGCUGUUGUGAAACAAGCACGCCAUGUAUUUACUGGUGAGAAAGUUGCAGUGAAAGUAAUCGACAAGACCAAACUGGACAAUGUUUCACGAGAUCAUUUGUUUCAGGAAGUUGUAUGCAUGAAACUUGUUCAGCAUCCAAAUGUGGUUAGAUUAUAUGAAGUUAUUGACACGCCAACCAAAUUGUAUCUCGUUCUUGAGUUAGGUGACGGAGGAGACCUAUAUGAUUGCAUAACAAGUCAUGGCGAUGGUCUAAGUGAAAAAGUUGCAAAACGGUAUUUUCGCCAAAUAGUAACUGCCAUUGCUUAUUGCCACAAGUUAAGAGUGGUUCACCGAGAUCUAAAACCAGAGAAUGUAGUUUUUUUCGAGAAACUGGGUUUGGUUAAGUUAACAGAUUUUGGAUUCAGUAAUAAAUUUAUUCCUGGCACUAAUUUAGACACAGCUUGCGGCUCGUUGGCUUACUCAGCUCCGGAGAUAUUGCUGGGUGACUCAUAUGAUGCUCCAAAAGUGGAUAUUUGGUCCUUAGGUGUGAUAUUAUAUAUGCUUGUCAGCGGAAAUUUGCCUUUUCAAGAAACAAAUGAUAGUGAAACGUUAACGAAGAUCAUGGAUUGUGAUUAUUCCAUGCCUUCACAUUUAUCACCAGACUGUAAGCGGCUUAUUUCUCGUUUACUAAUACGUGAUCCACAAAAGCGUGCCCAUCUUGAUGAUAUCCUACAAGAUGACUGGCUUAAGCUAGAUGAUAAUGACUUACCUAUUGAGCUGUUUUCUGUCCCCUUGAUAUCUCGUGAACAUCUUUCAUUUGAAGACCAUAUGGAAAUUCUAUCCAAAAUGGCUGAGGGUCAACUGGCGACUGUUGAUGAAAUACAGUCUACUUUAGAUCGUAAUGAAUACAACCACAUAGCUGCUACAUACUACUUACUUGCGGAGCGCAAACUGAAACGUAACUACAUAGAAGAAUAUAAACGGUUAGCAAGCCAGUCUCAACUAAUUGAAAAACGAAAACAAGAACAACAAAAAUGUAUCAACUGUGUGUUUGGACUAUCUGAAAAUGCAAAACAAGUGCAGAAUGUUGAAAACAAUAUAACUCCUAAAUCUUUGGUAAAUAGUGUGAUGGGUUCAAGUACUGCGGCGCCAACUUCACGCAUUUUAAAUUCUUUAGGCUCAUCAAAUGUAGAGGAUCGUGUCAGGCGUUUCAGUAUGAUUUUAGAAGAUGAAGAAGAAGAGGACGAAAGUAAAGGGUCUCCAAUAGCACCUACUUCAUUCGAUAGGUAUAUUUCAGGUAUAAAUGAGUCAGCAAAAAUGGUCAAUGAUUCAGAUGCCUUACACCGCUGUUUCGCUGAUACGUCUGAAGAGGCAAUGCUAGAAGAAGAGGAAGAAGAACUUGCUACUGUUGCUGGUCUGGCAUGCGUUCGUUCUGAACUUUUAACUGAUCAAAUGGUUAAUCAUCUAUUGAGCACAUCCGAAUCAGAAUUCACAUCAAAUGUCCAUGGAGCUGUGGUUUCGACUCGUCCUUGUUCUAGAACAAGUGUUUCUGCAGUUGGAGCAUCCGAUGGUGCUGAGUCAGAUGUUUCUGUUAGUCCUUGGAAUGCAAAUGGAACGGGUUUCGUAAGUUCCUUGAAUCGAGUUACAUCCACCACUCGUUCGCUUCCACCUGUUGAAACUCGAAGAAAGAAUACCUUUAGACGAGGACUUAUAUCGCACCGUCCACUUACUACAGUGAAGAGCAGUCCGCAGCUUCUGAAACAUUCUGCUGAAGAAGAUUGGAACAUUCAUACCUCAAUAGAAACCAAUAAUUCCCUCCACAUGGAUAAACGUAGAAAGAAAUUAGGAGAAUGUUUUAUACAAAACCCGGCUGUCUAUACUACAGCUGAAGAUAGUUUAGGAAUCCGAUCUUUGCGUAGUUCGUAUAAUUUGUACCGUAGUAUCAAAUAUGUCGACGAUCAGUUGAUUGGCCUGAGACCUACAAGUUUUUACACGACUGCAACCCAACAAACAUAUUCUGGAGCUCAUAGUCCAGCGUGGACACGAAGGUUUUUGAAUACACCUGCAUCGUCGUCUCGUCCAGCAAGUAUUGGGAGCUGGAAUGCUGUUCUCAACAUGAGUUUAGUGAGUGAUCAGCGCCGCCCAUCAUUUUGUUCAUCUCCUGUUGAGCCACAAAUAGGCACCAUCAAUAGAAGAAAGGUUCUUUAUUCAAAUCACAGCCAAGGCACACAUGUUUUCAACAAGGGGAUUAAUCCCGACCGAAGAUGCAGUGGACCUCCAGGUUUAUUGUUAGCAGUCUCAGGAUUGUAUUAUCCAGGUUCAGGUGUUACGUUACCCAGUCGCUCAGACUCAGAUACCUCAUUUCUAGAACAGCAUGACACUAGUCAUUUACCCCCUAACUUGGACCACUCUUUUUCUCCAGAAGAGCCUUCAGAUGAAUCUUUCACGCAAAAUGAGACAAAGUGUUCAGGUACAAUUACCGAAAUAAGUGAUAUGAUUAGGAAUAACCAUCGCAGUAUUUUGCCGUCAAUCUCUGGAAUGAAUAAAAGAGGUUCUACUAGAUCUCCGCAUCGUACUCUUAGCAAUUCUCGUAAAACUGCUAGUUGGUGUAGUUCCGCACCUAUAUUGUGCGAAACAUCUGAACAGCCCCAUUUGACUUUUGUGCCAUCGAAUAAUAUUGGGCUGACCACUUUAUCACUUGAAGGUAACUCUCAGUUGGGUGGUUCGAAUACGGUUCGAGAACAUUGCACUCCAAUACGUGAAGAAGAUGACGAAGUAGUACGUUCUGGAGAAUCUACUUUUAAGACACCUAAUCUGUUAUUUGGCUUGAAUCACCGAAGGAAGUCUGAAUCGUCAAGUAUGCAUACAAGUUCAACUCUUUUCACGACAUCCAAUAUUACCCGUGAUGGAUUCGCAACUUUGGCUGAAUCGGAGUCAACUUCAACCAUUAGUCAGUUACCCAACACAAGUGCUCAGCGAAACGAUGCUUUACAAAAUGGUGGCAGUUCACAAUGUACUACAUCCAAUUUCUCACUUAGCUCUCUCGCAACAAGUUUGCGAGAUUCACGCUACAUGAUCGACAUUAUACGAGGAACAUUUGAAUUACAAUGUCAGUAUAACCGUAGAUUUACUAAUUCCAUUGCUGGAGUUAGCAGUUGUGAAUAUAAUUCUAGCCGACCUAGCACCUCAACGUCUGUUCGUAGCCUCACUGCCAUAUCAGAAGGUUUCCGUAUCGAAAAUCAACGAAAAGAAGAUUCUCCUUCACAAGAUUCACAAAGACUCCCCCUUCAUCAUCGUGAUUUACUCCAUCCAUUGGAAUCCAUCUUAAAAGCUUCUACAAAAAGCAAUAUUUUACAGAAUUCCAAUAUGGUCAAAAAUUCUAUGAAUAGUUGUUUGAAUCGGGAUUUUCUUGUUACAGGUUCAUCUCAGAAAAGUAGAAUGAGUUUACCAGCUAGUAUAAGUGGCAUUACAAACACAGAUGUUGCUUGUUCAGUGAGUCCUGUUUUAGAAUCGAUUGAGAACAAUUUCCCUUCCUCUCUUUCUCUUGAUCAUAGUUCACCCGUAAGAUUUGACAAUUUUCUUACUCAUAACCAUAGGAAUGGGUCUUGUAAAUCUGUUAGUCAAUCUACAACUUCAUUUAAACGUCCUUCACAUUUAUCUUCAAAACGAGAGUCUUUUAAGAAGUCGAACAUCAGCUGUCUUCCUGAUCAUGGUUGUAGUAUAGUUGAAAACAUGAAUUCAGAAACCCAUAAUAAUAGUAAUAAUAACAAUAAUAAUAAUAUCAGUAAUUAUUCUGAGUUGUCAAGUGAAUCCGUUAACCACUGGACCCAUAAAUCACAAACGCCAAAUCAUAAACAAGUAUCAUCGUUUAUACUAAGCAAACAUAGAGCUAGAUUAGCAUGUUGCUCAGUUUCGUGA